AUGGUUAUCUUUCUCCCAGAUGAGAUCUGGAUGCAGAUCUUUUUACACUUCAAUGUAGUCCUCCAGGACAAUUACCGCGACCUUGAGCCCCUCAAAACUCUCACAGCACUGAGCCUUGUAUGCCGACGAUUUCAUCAUCUGGUUCAGACUCCACUAUACCGAACAGUCGUACCCUGGGGACUAAACGAAUACUACUUUGGCGAUCAUCUUCUCCUAGCUACAGCCCUUGCCAGCAACCCUCAUCUUGGCUUUUCGACCCGGGAGAUUUCCCUCGCCAAUGGGAAUCUAUCAAUAGAGGAUAAUCUCAUGGAUUUGCUUGGAGAUCGAAUUGGGUCGCUAAACAUGUCCUCAGAGUUCAUCGAUCUGCUGAAACGCGACAUCAUCUUUGGACGAAAAGGAUCUGGCGUUGCGAGCUUCCUCCUUGCGUUGUUGCCUCGUUUGCGAUUGAUGGAACUAUAUUUCUACAAAGAAACAUCCUUGACGUUACCAUACCUGCUGGGUGGAUGGCUCAGCCAAAACACGGGCGAGCCACAUACCAUUGCAAACCAUCUGCACAAUCUACAAGAGCUUCGCAUUACGGCCGCGCAGGGGCAGACCUGCGUAUACAUCGACUAUUUCGAGUCAAUCCUCCUUGAUCCGAACCUUGGAAAGCUUGGACUAUCCGGGUUCGACUGGACAGAUGGCAGGAUCAUGGAUAUGGAAUGGUCGGAUUACCCGUGCAAUUUGCGACAGCUGAAUCUCGACAAGUGCAUCGUGGAUGCGUCAACCAUGAGGGACGUCUUAUCCCGCCGUAAAAGGCUUGAGGAUUUUACCAUCGUUGCCGGAAAUUAUGAUAUAGCCAACUAUUCUCUCUACGGAGACUGGAAAGGGGACCUGUACGAGUUCGGAGACGUUCUUAGAGAGUUGGGUCAAAACUUGGUCAGGUUCGGGCUUGACACGUCCGCUUACCAACAUAAUCGUAAUGCGACGGGCAAGAUCGGGUCUCUUCAGAGCUUGAAAGCUCUCACGCAUCUCUCAAUCGCUAGGAACGACUUUGUUGGUGCGGAGGACAACCCGAGCGCAAUCCCUCUGGCUGAGGCCUUGCCCACGUCAAUUGAGGUUAUAGACUUUAAGACAGAUGUAAUCGAUUACCAGAUGAGACAGGGGGUAUACGGCUAUGAAAAGCUGCAUGACGAGAUGCACGGCUUGGCAUUGGGUGGUCAAUUCCCCAGCUUGCGUGAAAUCACACUGUUUCGGCCUGGAAUGCCUGUACAACAUGGAUUCGAGAGGGAGGUUCCUGGGUGGGAUAUUGAGGACACUCCCUGGGCUGUUGGUUCAGCAUUUGAGUACGAGUAUUACACAUACAUGGAGCUGUGUAUGAAGCGAAGGGAUGACGGAUCUGAACGGGUGCAGAAUGUAUAG